AUGGCGGGCCUUCCUUUCCACCCGCAAUUCAUCAGAUCCCACAUCGCUCGAACAACAACUCAGCAGCACGAAACCCUCAUCCUCAUCUCCCCAUUCGGCUCCGUCCACACCGUCGCAACCAUCGCAAACGGCGCCGUUUCAAGAUACCUCGAUCUUCCGGAUACUUGGACCGAGCUCGCGGGCUCCUGCGACGGCUUGGCCCUGCUAGCGCGUGAUUCAGAAAUGCUGCUACUGAACCCGAUUACUCUGGAUCGUUUAAAAAUACCGGAUUCGCCCCUGGCUCUGAUGAGUCCCGGGAGCUUCAGCAUGCACGGGUUGGGGUACGACCGCGUUGGGGACGACUAUAAGGUGGUCACGCUUUCUUAUUACGACACGGACAAUGAAUACGAGCCUGACUGUGAAGACACAUUCGUCGAUGUCUACUCUGUGAAAUCGGGUGUUUGGAAAAGGGCCAAGAAUUCCUCUUAUGACCACGCAGUCCCUGAUUUAUCGUCGGGGGUCUUUGUUAAUGGGGCUCUCCACUGGCUGGCCAGUAGUAGGGAACGAGGUUACCCGUCCGUGAUAGCCGCUUUCGAUUUGAGUCGCGAGGUCUUUUAUGAAAUCCCCCCUCCUAAGGGUGUUAAUGUGAAUAAGUUCGUGUUUGAUAAGCUUUUCGUUCUGGGGGGAUGUCUUUGCAUGGUGGAGGAUCAUUAUGAUGAUCCAACGGAUGUUUGGGUUAUGAAAGAGUAUGGUUCGGCCGAGUCUUGGGCAAAGUUUAGUAUUAACGCUGGUUAUGAGUGGGAGCUUAUGAAGGUUUUGUGUUUCGUUCGGCAUGAAGAGGUUUUGUUGUUGAGCCUUGAGGAAGAUUUGGUUGUUUACAAUUGGGAGGAUGAGACAGAGGAGGACAUUGUCAUUGAUGGGGUUCAAAAGGUACGCACAUGUAGCAUCACGCAUGACGGCACCGCUGCUGACGCCGACAGAAGGUCCCACAUGCUCGUUAGCCCGUGCCACCCUCGAGUGCGAGCUGCGACUUUAGCAAUUGAAGGUGAUCAAUUUGCGGUUGGUGGCAUGCGGAACAUUUCUGAGCGGCAGGCCAAAUCGCAAUAUAGAAGUGCCGCGUUGGAAGAGGUGACGGAGGAAGAGAGAGGUGUUGGAAUGAGGGAGGAAACGGUGAGGAUAGUCGAAUGGUCCAAUUUUCAACUCGAUUUUGUUAAUGAGAAGACCAAAUGUGGAGGGAAGGUUUGA